GCCUUAACUGCAGUAAUUUUUUCCAUGGAAAUGAGGUAGAAGCCUUUCCCGAAUUCUCCCACCCCCCCAUAGCCCUUAAUCAUCAUCUUCUAUAUUCGCAUCCAGACUUUAGCCGUUGCUGGGUUCUCUUUCCCGCCAAGACCAGAGGAGAGGGGAAGGGGAAGGAGGCCAUGGCGAAGGACGACGAGGGGUUCCGCGGGGAGAUAGAGGAGCGGCUGAUCAACGAGGAGUACAAGAUCUGGAAAAAGAACACGCCUUUUCUCUACGACCUCGUGAUCACCCAUGCCCUCGAGUGGCCUUCCCUUACCGUCCAGUGGCUCCCCGACAGAGAGGAGCCACCGGGAAAGGAUCAUUCCGUGCAGAAGAUGAUUCUCGGAACCCACACCUCUGACAACGAGCCUAACUAUCUUAUGCUCGCCCAGGUCCAGCUCCCUCUCGAGGAUGCGGAGAGCGACGCUCGACAGUACGACGACGAGCGCGGCGAGGUCGGCGGCUUCGGUUGCGCCAACGGGAAGGUCCAAAUAAUUCAGCAAAUCAACCAUGAUGGAGAGGUUAAUCGGGCUCGUUACAUGCCUCAAAAUCCUUUCAUUAUUGCAACAAAGACCGUUAGUGCGGAGGUUUAUGUGUUCGAUUAUAGCAAACACCCCUCUAAGCCUCCACUGGAUGGUGCCUGUAAUCCAGAUCUUAGGUUAAGAGGUCACAAUACUGAGGGCUAUGGUCUAUCCUGGAGUACUUUUAAGCAGGGUAAUCUGCUUAGUGGUUCUGAUGAUGCCCAGAUAUGUUUGUGGGAUAUUAAUGCAACUCCAAAAAAUAAAGCGCUUGAAGCUCAACAGAUCUUCAAGGUCCAUGAAGGUGUCGUUGAAGAUGUUGCAUGGCACUUGAGACAUGAGUAUCUGUUUGGUUCUGUUGGUGAUGACCGCCAGCUACUUAUCUGGGAUAUGCGUUCAUCAUCAGCCAACAAGCCAAUCCAGUCUGUCAUUGCUCAUCAAGGUGAGGUGAACUGCCUUGCUUUUAAUCCAUUCAAUGAGUGGGUGGUUGCAACUGGAUCAACUGAUAGAACUGUUAAGCUUUUUGACCUUCGGAAGAUCAGUACUGCGUUGCACACUUUUGCUUGCCACAAGGAUGAGGUUUUCCAGAUCGGAUGGAGUCCAAAAAAUGAAACUAUACUUGCGUCAUGCUGUGCUGGCAGAAGACUUAUGGUCUGGGACCUCAGCAGGAUUGAUGAAGAACAGACACCAGAGGAUGCAGAGGAUGGACCGCCAGAGUUACUGUUUAUUCAUGGAGGGCAUACCAGUAAGAUCUCAGAUUUCUCGUGGAAUCCUUGUGAAGAUUGGGUAGUUGCUAGUGUUGCGGAAGACAACAUUCUUCAAAUAUGGCAGAUGGCUGAGAACAUAUACCAUGAUGAAGAUGACUUGCCAGCUGAUGAGAGCGCAAAAACUUCGUAGUUCUCUUGACUUUUGACGUGAAUUUUCGGAGAUCUCAUUGCUUGUAUCUUUUUUCCACCUUCAAUUUGUGUCCUUAUUGUAACAUGUAAUUUGCUUUAGGCAUACUGAGAAGCUUGUUGAGCAUGGUACAUCAUGUCGAUGGGCAUUCCUCUUAUUUCCUGCCCCACUUUCUUAAUUGGAAAAGGUCAAAAGUUCCCUUA